ACCAUAAAACAGGCACAUUAAAAUGAUAACGAGUUUGAAGAAAGAGGUGCAGGAGAGGUUGUCUUCCUUAAAAUACAAAGUACACAAGAGAAAGAGAAAGAGAGAGAAAGAAUUUAAGGCAAUAAAAUCUCAAAAUUAAUUGCAGCAACUUUGAGUGUUGUUGUGUUUGAUCAGAAGAAAGAAAUUGAAGAUGUCAGAUAACGAAGAGUAUUACAUACAGUACGGCGAUGGCCAACCUGAGAAGGUGAGGCGCAGGUUCAGAGACAGGUCCAAGGAGGUUCUGUCCAAACAAGCCGUUAUGAUCGCCAAACGGGCCGAAGAACACGAAAGCUUCCUCAGCAAGGUGACGCAUCUUUUGGGGGUUCUUUCUUUUGGUGGGUUUUGCUUCCUCCUUGGGGCAAGACCACAGGACGUUCCCUUAGUGUAUUGUUUAUUCUAUGUCAUAUUUGUUCCUCUUCGCUGGAUAUACUAUAAGUUCAAGAAAUGGCAUUACUAUCUUCUGGAUUUUUGUUAUUAUGCCAAUACAAUCUUCUUGGUUUUCCUUCUUUUUUAUCCAAGAAAUGAAAAGCUUUUUCUGGUUUGCUUUUCGUUUGCCGAGGGGCCGUUGGCGUGGGCUUUGAUUGUUUGGCGCUGCAGCUUGGUCUUCAGUUCCGUAGACAAAAUUGUCAGUGUUCUUAUCCAUCUUUUACCUGGGUUGGUUUUCUUUACCAUCCGAUGGUGGAACCCUACGGCCUUGGAGGCCUUGAAGACAGAGAGAAAUACAUGGUCUUAUGCCGAAGAUAAAUCCUAUCUCUGGACGUGGUUGGUUCUGGUUCCCUUAGUGGUUUAUUCUCUGUGGCAAAUUCUAUACUAUCUUAUUGUCAAUGUCUUACGCCGGCAAAGGUUUUCAAGAGAUCCUGAAGUUAUGACUUCAUACAGGCUUCAAGCCGUGUUUACUGUGGCAACCACGGCACUGACUGUUCCGAUUUUCCUGUCGUAUGAAAUAUCGGUAGUGUUCCAAAUACUCAAGGUCUCCGCUUCUGCGUGGAAUGGGGCAAGCUUUCUGUUAGAUGUGAUGCCUAGGCAGGUAAUUCUCAAGGAGAAAAAGAAAUCAGAAAUGCAACCUGCUGUUCAGAAUGAAAAUGAGAACUCAUCAUAGAUCGUGAUGGAAAAUGGUAGCAAGUUUUGCAUGUUGAGAUAGUUGUGAAUCAUGAGGAGCUCACGUAUACGUAGUUUGAACUAUAUAACACUACUGUUAAUCAGGUAUUAAAGUUGAGGUUGAAAUGUUGGAUAUGCGUAUAUAGUUUCUCUCUUUUUUCUCAUGCCAUAUUUGUUUAUUCAAGUGGAUAUUCAGCAAAAACACAAAAGGUAUAUAUCUGUUUAGGUGCUUUCUUGUUUGUUA